AUGCUGGAUCCUACUGACAACAUGGAUGACUUCUACAACGACACCUCCGCGCCUGCCGGGGCCCAGCUCCCCCCGCCAGCGCCUCACCUCGCCUCUGCGUCAGCGCCCUCCGCCGCCUUUCCCUCGUCUUCUGCGCGUCCUCUUGCGGCAACUGCUCUCUCUUCCAAUCCUAUAGGCCGCGGAGGCGAGGACGGACCUUUUACGAUGCAUCCGAAGGCCUGCGGUAGUCCGCACUUUGUCGAGAACCCGCUGGCGAGAACGGGCAGCGGAGACGAGAAAUGCAGAAGAGACGAGGGCUCGCUUCGCGGUAGUAUCGACUCUGCAAAUCCUCUCACGGUGGCGCAGAGCGGAGGCGCGGGAGGCUCGCGAAACAUCCGAACUGCUCCCCAGACCCAGGAGGCCUUCCCCAGCCUCCACGGCGUUGUCAGCGGGAAAAUGGGCGAUGGCGGCGGCAGCACGCUCGGCGCACCGCAGCAGCGACCACAAUUCUCUGUUUCCCAGCUGCAGGCGGCCUAUCGCUACGUGCAGCACAGCCUCUUGUCGAAGGCGGUCUCGUGGACGGAGUUCGUGCACAUUCCCUCUUUUCAGAAGCCGGCGACGGGUGCGACGGCAGUGGAUCGCGUGGAGCGCAACCUGCGGUAUUUUUACAUGAACUACAUCAUCAUCUGCUCGGUGCUGGCCGUGGUUGCUGCGCUUCUGAACCCAGUCGUGCUUGUCAUCGGCGGCGUGUUUGGCGGCGCCGCGUUUCUCGCUGGCUUCAAAGGCGACAACACACUCCGCAUUGGGGACACGGUGCUGCCGGUGAAGACCUUCCGAUUCACCUGCUUGGCGGUCGCCGCGCUCACGAUUUUUCUUGUUGCCGGCCACAUCGUCGUCAGUCUCUCUCUCGGCUGCGCCCUCAUUGUGAUGCUGCAUGCCUCUUUGCACAUCGGCGUCUCCUACGAACAGAUUGCACAGCACUCGGCUUGCAGCCCCGAAUUCGACGUGUGA